CUUCUUCUGCUUCAUUCACUUUUGUCGCUGAGAGACGAGUUUGGUGAUGCUGAUCGUGAUCAGCUACAUGACCAACUAGAGUCCUUCCCUGCAACCGCACACCCUUCUUUCAUUUCCAACGCCUCCUUCACUCCCGAUGCCGACGACAUCCCUCCCAUCCUCAGCUUCCGCGACUUCUUCCGCGAGUUCUACAAAGAAACGAAGAAGCUGCGGUACCUCGCUGGCCCAGCAAUCUUCACCUCCCUCUGCCAGUACUCCCUCGGUGCCAUCACCCAAGUCUUCGCCGGCCAGGUCGGUACCUUAGAGCUCGCCGCCGUCUCCAUUGAAAACUUCGUCAUCGCCGGGUUCUCCUUCGGCGUAAUGCUUGGAAUGGGGAGUGCGCUGGAGACGCUGUGCGGGCAAGCGUUCGGGGCUGGACAGCUGGACAUGUUAGGGAUAUACAUGCAGAGGUCAUGGGUGAUCCUGAACACGACGGGCGUGCUCUUAUGCUUUUUAUACAUCUUCGCCCAACAGCUGCUCCGGCUGAUAGGGCAGACCGCCGAGAUAUCGAAGGCGGCGGGAGUGUUCGCCAUCUGGAUGAUACCGCAGCUGUUCGCGUACGCCAUGAAUUUCCCAAUAGCGAAGUUCCUGCAGGCGCAGAGCAAGAUCAUGGUGAUGGCGGCCAUAACCGCGCUGGCUCUGGUUCUGCAUACGGUGUUCAGCUGGCUGUUGAUGCUGAAGCUGGGGCGGGCCCUGGUGGGUGGGGCCGUGGUGCUGAACGUGUCUUGGUGGUUCAUCGUGUUGGCACAGUUGAUUUACAUCUUUUCAGGGACUUGUGGUCGAGCCUGGGUUGGGUUCUCGUGGAAGGCCUUUCAGAAUCUUUGGAGUUUUGUGAAGCUGUCUCUCGCAUCUGCAAUCAUGCUCUGCUGAACAAAGUGUUUCGUCGAUCAAGACUGAUGCAGAAGCUCUUCUCACGUUCAAAAAGAUGAUUCAGAAGGACCCAAAUGGAGUUUUGAGAGAUUGGCAGCUUGGUAGGAAUCCAUGCACCUGGUAUGGAGUUACAUGCUCUAUGGGCCGAGCAACUCAGCUUGAUCUCACCGGGUGUUACCUUGUGGGGACAAUCUCUUUUGAUCCCUUGGCUUCUCUAGAUAUGCUCUCUGUCUUAAAACUGCCAACAAAUUCAUUCAGUGUGGUUGUUAUGAGAGUUUCCAUUCACUGUCAAGGAUGUGCUGGUAAAGUGAAGAAACAUCUUUCUAAAAUGGAAGUAAGCCACUAAAAGUUGUUGAAAGGCCGGUGCUGAUUUGAUGCAAGGCACUGGAGAUCUAGCAAGCAUGCCUAAAAAGUGAGCCUAUGCUAGAGUAUAUUUAUUGAAAAGUGGGAUACAGCAAGUUGAUCAGCCUAGUGGAAAGCAAAAUCCUACAUGGAAGUAAAGGAAACAAAGGAUUUUUGCUAGGCAUGUGAACACCCACCGAAAUAAAGGGAUAAGUACCCUGCCUCACUCUAUCUCCUUUAAUUAAUUACAUUAUUAAAAUACCUACAGAAUUUAAUAC